AGGGGCCGCCUCAUUUUGCAGUUUCUCCUUUCGCCCUCUGGCAGAUUGACGGGAGGGCGUCCAAUUCGCUCGUUUAUCUCUGUUUUUUUCAUUGCUGACACCCAAGCUGUCUUGUGCUACACGCCCUCCUAGUUGCAAACUACCUUUUUUUUUUUCUUAUCGCUCUUUGAACACGAGCUCGCGCUCUCCCUUUCCUCCUCCUUCUCUCCCGCAACAUGAGCGCUCCUGUUGACGCUGCCCAAUCUUUGGCGCAGACCAGCAACGACGAGAAGACCCCUUCGACCUCCGCCGAAGCCGCCGUCCUGGCUAGCAGCACAGCCAGCAAUACUGCCAACCCCUCCUCGACCCCUAGCGAUGCCUCGCGAGGACAGUCCUCCGCCGCCACCGCCAGUGCCUCCGAACUCGCCCGUACAAAGAUAACCCUGCUCGGCGCGCUGAAGCACUUCCCGGAUUUCCCAAUCCCAGGCAUCAAGUUCAUCGACAUCCUGCCUCUAUUCCAGGACCCCGCCAUUCACAACGCUCUGCUGCGCGCCCUCGAGCUCCAGAUCCUUGAGUUCGGCGACCACGCCAAACCCGAUGUUAUAGUGGGGUUGGAUGCGCGGGGUUUCCUCUUCGGGCCCUCGCUCGCGCUGCGGCUCAAUGCAAGCUUCGUGCCCGUGCGCAAAAAGGGCAAGAUGCCGGGCCCUUGCGUGACGGCCACCUACGAGAAAGAGUAUGGGACCGACUACUUCCAGAUGCAAGAGGGUGCCGUCAAGCCUGGCCAGAAGGUGCUUGUGGUUGAUGACAUUAUUGCGACCGGUGGUUCCGCUGCUGCCGCCGGCUCUCUCGUCAAGCAACUGGGAGGCAACUUGAUCGGAUAUCUCUUCAUUCUCGAGAUUCCCAUCCUUAAUGGCCGCUCAAAGCUGGGCGGUGUACCGACGGUCACUCUUCUGGAGACGAACGAGUGAGGCCUGACCUCAGCGCGGUCAAGCCACCACUCUUCCUACCGCUUCAGGUUCCAAUACAUGUCGCAUGUACGCCUCCGGACUGGAGCCUGGUUAAUGAUAAUGGCCG